AUGGAUCGUACUUGGAUGUAUAAUAGAGCAUAUUCUGAUAGACACGGAUUAAAAGAUGAGUUUGUUCGUGGGGUUAAAAAGUUUGUGAAGAAGGCUUUGAAUCAACCCAUUUGUAAAUCUGAGGGAGGGAUAAGGUGUUUGUGCAUAAAUUGCAAGUGUUGUAAGAUAAGUACAACAACUAAUGUAAGACUUCACUUAUAUCAAUAUGGAUUUCAACCAAACUAUUGGAUUUGGACUCAACAUGGAGAAGUGGAGCUCAAUAUUGAUACAAGGGGUGGCUCAAAUAGUAGUGAACAUGUGCAUCAAGCUGACCAGUUUGAGGCAAUGGAUCAAAUGGUGUAUGAUGCAUUUAGGCCUCAUGGAGGUUUCUCUCACGCGAAUGAUAACAGGGAACAAGAGGAAUUUUUGGAGGAUGAGUUUCCCAACGAAGAAGCUAAACAGUAUAAUGACAAGUUGAUAUCUUUCGACAAGCCUAUCUAUGAGGGAGCUACCCAGUCUAUGUUAUCAAUAUCUACUCAACUUCUUGAAAUUAGGUCUAACUGGCACGUUCCACAAAAAGGGAUAAAGGUUAAGAAGAUUGAUUGUUGUAAGAACGGUUGCAUGUUAUACUACAAGGAUGAUAGUAAGUUGUCUGAGUGCAAAUUUUGUAAUGCUCCUAGGUUCAUUCCUUGCAAGACUGGCAUGGGAAAGUACAAAGAUAUCCCAGCGAAGAGGAUGUUUUAUUUUCCAAUCAUUCCUAGAUUACAAAGACUAUAUGCAUCAACUGAGUCAGCAACUGAAAUGAGAUGA